AUGUGGGACCUCUACAUUCAGGAUAGCGACCCUUCGGGAGGCUGGGAGUCGGACUCCGCCUCGGAAAAUGUAAACUACAUCCCACUAAGCCCACAAUAUGUCAACCUGCGUGAGUGCAGCGACUGUGCAUCUUCCGAUUACGGGCACUGCUGUGAUUACGGAGUGGACGUAAUUGACUGCUGCACAUGCGAUCAGUCCGCAUUUGAUAUACCAGUAGUGGCUGCGCGGGGCUCGUGUAACGCCUGUCACCACGCCACAUACGAUGAUCGCCCCAAAGUGCUGCAGUUCGAGGGGGAAGCGGCUUUCACGACGGAAAAACCGGCCGCUGCAGGCUUAGGGGCCGGCACGCCCAGUCUCCAGGAACGACGGUCGGUAGACAAGCCUAAAUUCACGAAGAAAGCCGUGACAAUCGAACGUGGCGAUCAAACUGUUAAGAUUGAAGUGCCCUCGCCUCCUCCCAGUCGGCCAUCUAUCGGGUCCAACAACAUGCCGACACGCACACCGGCACCAAGGAGAAGCGUCUCUGCAGCAUCGAAGCGGAAUCGCGCAUACAUGUUCUGCGGCAGGCCGCUUGCAGGGACGCAAAACACGUCGUACCGCAACAUCGUGCUGCCCCGGGCUCCGGGUGAAAAGGAUGUCGAGAUCAUAGCGAAGCGGGCCACGAACGACCGCGCCAGCUCACAUGAGGCGCGCAUCAAACCGCCUCAGCGGGGUCCUAAGAUAAGGCUGGCUAUUGAAGCGCCGCGGCGAGGGCACUGGUGA